CAAAAAUGGCGGAAGUAGAAAAUCAAAACAAAUCUUUCUCGGAUAGCUCAAGUGAUGAAGACAGUCCACCGAGAAUUAAAAAACAAAAAUCGUCAACCUUACGAGGUAGGGGAUUGGCUGGCUUGAUGAAAGAAUGUCAGCCUCAUUCUGAUAGUGAAGAAGAGGAAGAAGAAGAUAACGAACCAUCACAGUUUAAUAUUUAUUCAUCGAAAGUUGAACGAUGUCUGGGAAACGUUAAAACGAAGAAUUAUUUAUUAGAUAUAAGUCUGGUUGAUGAAGAUGUAGAGGAACCAUUGGAAGAAGUACCAGUAUUAUGUAACAGUGCAGAUUUAAGUGAAGAUGUAAUAGAAGUGUGUAAACAGAGACCAGAUUUUGAUGAUUCUCUUGCUUCUACUAGCACAGAAGAUAUUUCUAGUCUAGAUGAGUUCUCUCCCUUACCAUCAGUUGGUGCACCAAGACAUACCAAGCAGUUACAAUCUGCAUUAAAUAUAUUAAACCGAGCUAAAGAUCUGGUCAGUAUUGAUGGUUUAAAUACCAGUUUGAUAUUAGACCAGGAUGGUAGUCAGGAAAUACUGAUCACUGGGGCCAGUCCUGUCAUAGAGAAAGAAGACAUUCUUGUUAAAGUUGUACAUAAAGGAAAAGCUCACAGGAUUAACAUUAAAAAACUAACAGAUAUCAUAGAUUGUCAUAUCAAUGAGAAUACCUCAGAGAAUGUAUCAGAUGGACAGAAUCUACAAACAGACUAUAAUGUUAGAAAUGCUAUAGUAUUGUGUGUGCAAAGCCAAGUUAGGAAUUCUAAGGUUGAUAUAACAGUAGACAAGACAGAACCCAUUAGAAACUUGUUGGAAAAAUAUGCUGCAGAAAAACAAUUGGAUAUUUCUAAGUUAGUGUUUAAAUUUGACGGUGAUGAUGUGAAUCCGAACGAUACUCCAGAAGAUUUAGACAUGGAUGAUAAUGACUGCAUAGAUGUGAUAGACAAAAAAUCUGAGGGAGUGAAGGCAACAGCCAAAAAUGCAGAUAUUGUGAUAAUUGAUGACACCCCUCAGAAAUCUAAAUCUAAGAAGCGUAAUUUGAGACGUUCGCGGAGGACCAUGCGUCAACAACCAGCCUGA